UGUAAUUUAACUGAAGCAAUAAGCGAUAUUGUCUUUGAAUAUUUUCUAGUGUCAACCAGCUCCAACCCAAGUCUAUCUCCAAUAGAUGUUUUUAGUAAGGAAGCCACUGUUGCCCUUUCUGUUGUUGGAGCAAUCCUGUUCCUCUGUAUCGUCCUUGGGUUCGCGUUCUUUUGCUUUAUACGCCAUCAGCGGAAGCAGAUUGUGGAGUAUCGUAAUCAGCUUUUUCCAAUAUACACUGGAAAACACCAGGUAAAAUACCAUGUAAAACGAGCUUAAAAUGAAGCCACUACAUAACAACCAGUGCCUGCUUGGAUUCUGCAACUUAUUUUGUCUGAAAAUGAUGUUUGUUGGACUGCGUAAAUUUCACACCCCUCCCAUUCCAAGAUCAUAUUCAACACCUAGAAUGACAACUUUAAACGCGGAAAAACGGAGGAGGGGGAUUUCUUUUACUUGUGAAAAUUUUGUCUCAGAAAAGCAAUCAAAUUAGAAGAGGGGUUUUAUAAGCAAACGUCUCUCAACCUUUGUUCAAACAUGACCGCAAAAAUAAAAUGAAUUUGCAUCUCUCAAACUUCAUCUCGAUUAACGUCAUCUCCUUUGAUAUGUGAAACGUAGGUGACUUGAAAUGACCCUGAAAUGGCCUUCUAAAUUCAGGUAAUACUCAUGAACCAAACAGUUUCCAGUUGGAGGGAAUGAACUUACCAUUGCUUAGACUAAAUAGGUCCUCAUUGUAUACGUUAAGUAAUAAAUUAUUUCUUGAUUGUUUUAGAUUGACCCUAAUAUUACACUGCUUGAACAAUGUAAUGAUCUGCCUUAUGACCCUGAUUUCGAGUUUCCUGAGGACAAGCUCAUUCUUGGGGAGUUGCUAGGAUCAGGGGCCUUCGGACAAGUCAUUAAAGCAGAGGCUAUAGGAAUAAGCAACUUUAGUCCCAGAGACAAAAGUCAAAAGAAAAGUCAGCGGUGGCCUAACAUGUUUCGUCAACACAGGACCGGCCAUGCGUACCACGAUCCCAGAGGCAGUGCGUACACGAAGACCACCGUAGCUGUAAAGACUGUUAAAGGUAAUGUUUCAAGUCAAGAGAUCUCUAUUUCAACUUGUGUAACAUUUACCAUGGAGCAAGGAUGGCUGGUACUUGUCGGGGAUUGGUGGAGCGGGACAAAAAAGGAAUUUGGUUUAUAGUUACUGUAGCAGCUGAUAAUAUGCAGGGGAGGGGACGAGUUACCAGGUUACCUGCGCGGUAAUGAUUUGGGAGACGGGGUAGGGUUGAUUUGGGAAUCUGUGCCUACCAGUGGAAAAAACUCCAGCCAUGCCCCUGGAUUCAGCAUGGGUGAGGUGGGCAAUUCGCAUAGGGCCUCUCUCAUGCAUGAGUACCGUUCGUGCUCAUUCCUAUUGCUGAGGUUUGUGCCCAGUUAAACUGAACGUUGCUUGUGACAUGGUCACAUGGACUCCACUAAACCCCUGAAGAAAUUGCACUUUUUUAAAAAUGACCGAGUACGAUAUUUUGGCACUUCAGGGGGAGCUACUAAAGAGGAAGUAAGAGACCUGGCAUCAGAGCUGAAAAUUCUAAUUUACGUUGGAGAACACAAAAACAUCGUUAACCUCCUUGGUGCUUGUAUCAAGCGAGAUCGUAUCCUUGUCAUUCUGGAAUAUGCACCACAUGGGAGUUUACAAAAGUUCUUACAAGGCAAGCGAGAUGUUUAUGAAGCAACCUGGACUACGACUGCGAGUGACCCAGAGAUAGGAUUGAAUAUAUCAAAUCUUGUAAACUACUCUUACCAAAUAUCCCGUGGAAUGGAAUACCUGGCGUCUAAAAAGGUAAUGUAGUAAUGUUGUCCCGUUCAAGGAUUCCCACAUUUCUGAAGAAAAUUCAGUUCUAACAAGAGCUGUAGUGGCUCUUGUUGCAAUAGACCUUUUUGGCUUAUGUUUUAUUUUCCCAUUUCACACCACGUGAUGUUGUCAAGGCAUUUUGCGUUUUGUCUAUACAUAAAAUAUACAUACAUAUGCUCGUGGAUGCACGAGCAAAGGACAACUUUUGAAAGGAACGGUUCUCUGGGGUACCAUCAAGUGGUCUGAAAAGGGAAGACAAAACAUACAAGCUAAAAAGGUCUAUUCUCCAGCACUCGCUUGUUUUCACCGUUUGGCUUCAAGGAGUUUUAUCAUGAUUUAAAUCGUUCAUUCGACUCUAAAUCUAGCUAAAUCUGCGACUAUUUGUUGGUUUUUCGCGUUUAACAAAGUAUGACUACUUGAACCGGGGCGCUUGAAAGAUUAAAAUCCAAUCAAAUCGUUUGAACUUACGGUUUUUUUUUUUUUUUUUUUUAAAAAAAGAGAUUCUCUGUUAAUGUAAACGGACCAAAAAAAUCCAAUGUGCAACUAUGAAACUGUUGAUAACUUAAAAACCGUUUGGACUUACCUGACCUCUCAGGCUUUAGCCCGCAAAUUCAAUGAGAAUCUUUUGUUUUCAAAAACCGCCAUGAUUAUUAUGAUUUGUAUUUGGAUAAUCUAUUUCCAAAAGCCCAGCUUCGAGUAUUCGCACUGUAAGAGUUUAUUAUGAGUAAUAAGUGGUAAAAAGUAACUCAGAGAGAGGAGACCUCAGUAGCACAAAGCUCGCGUAAAGGAUUAGAAAAAGCAACAUGUAGGAGAAAAGGUUACGGGAACUCAGAAGCGUGCCAACAGCUGUGACAUUAAAUCAGUCAUGAACCGGGAGCGAAAGAAGCGAAGACGUAAGUGUCUGUAGCGUUGGUUUCUCACUGACAAUUCAGCGUUCCAGAGUAAGUGAAGAGCAUUGUUUAACAAUGUUUAGUCUUUAGUUACUUUUAAUUUCGGCAGCGUGUGCACUUCUCUGUUGGUAAUUGUUUUUCCUGUUUUUACUGUGAUUAUUAUUAUUAUUAUUAUUAUUAUUAUUAUUACUUUUUAAAAUAGCAAAAAUCUUUAUUAACAUAUGACCAAUUUACAUUUCAGUAUCAUAGACUAAAAUUUUGAUGAAAAAAAAAAUAUUAAAACUAAGAUCAUAAAACACUAAUUUACAAGCUCAAGCUCACCCCAUUAUCGACUUUCUAAAAUUAGCGGACUUAUUAUUAAUAUUAUUAUGAUCUCUUCGUUUCUGAUUUCUUGAUUUUGCAUUUCUUUUUUCAAAACAUAUCUGUUAAUAGUGUGUUCACCGAGACUUGGCGGCCAGAAACGUUCUUGUUGGAGAAGACUACGUCAUGAAGAUCGCCGACUUUGGUCUCGCUCGAAAUAUUUACAAGAGUGACUUAUAUGUGAAGACAAGCAGUGGUGUUUUGCCAAUGAAGUGGAUGGCGAUAGAAUCAUUGGUUUCGAGGGAGUACUCAGAGAAAAGUGAUGUGUAAGUACAAAUGACAUUUUAAAAAAAUGAAUGUAGGGAGAAUAUGAAAAUAUGCGGCGAUCGUACUCAAGGCUGACAACUAUAUAAUUAGUGCGUAACUAGACGUUCAAAUCAAAAAGAAGCUGGCCUUUUGAUUGCUGCAAUUAAGUUAAACUUGCCAUAACAUAGUUUGGUAGGCGCUCUCCGAUUGGCUGAGAAGUAUGUUUGCAUGCGAGUAACACAGUUAAACGCAACCACGCAACCAUGGUUUGAAAAACUCGACAAGUUUACUUUAUUAACCCAUAACUUAGAGGCAUGGAACUUGAGAAAUCUUUAAAACAUGCUAAAUCAAAGUUUUUACCCUCAAGACGACAUUUUAAGGAAGAUCAAUCGGUCCUUUAAAAUAUCAGCUUUUUUAACAAAUAAAGAAGCCUUGACUGUGCUCUGUUCUGUACGUUGUAAAGCACGCACGACUGGCAGCGGCUAGAACACGAAAGAAGUGUAGGGGGCAACACGAGAUGUAGUCGAGUGUUUCUCUCUACGUCUUGAGUAGUACAACAGUAUAGAGCUCAGUCAAGACUUCUUUAUUUGUUUUAUAAAUAUAAAGAAUCCGUUAAAUUCCCCGCACAUUCCUUUUUAAUUUUCAAAACAAUAUUAUUUUUUUAAAGCAAAAGAGUGUCGUCAGCACAUGUUUUAUACUCUCAUAAAGCACGCUUUUGCAGCAAAUCAGAGCGCACGUUAUAUCUGAACUUUAUUGUAAAUGCAAAACAAAAACGUACUGAUUACACGUACAAAACUUCGUGUAGAUACAACACUUCGCAACUAGUAAGAACUGCUAUUUUCAUCAGCGCCAUAAACAAAGAGCUAGGUAGGAACUUUUUCUCGUGAAAGCUGCCGCUAUAAAAGCACCUUAGCAGAAAACUGUUUUUCUGUGGUUUGCAAUUUGUACGAAUUCUCUUAAAUUCUCCCAACACCCGAAUCUCGUGUUUAUAUCAGGGCAUGUAAACACAGCAGAUAACGUUUUCCAUUUUUUAUAAACAGUACUCGAAAGAAAAAGAAUACUACUGAUAACGAUUCUUGAAAAUAGCGCUUCAUAUGCAAGCCAUGUAAGUUUUGAUUCCAAUAAUUCCCUUCUAGUGGCGUUAAUAGCAGCUUACCAUCUGUUUCCUCGAGUCCAUAGUUUAGCUUAAACAGCUUACAGAGCUUUAUUGACACCCUUUUGGUUUGGAAUGACCCAAGCUAUGAUGACCCUUCGAGUGUGUAUAUUUUGAACCUUGACAUUAAUAAUGCAGAUGGUCGUUUGGUAUUUGCUUGUGGGAGAUCUUUACACUGGGCGGCACACCGUAUCCCGCUAUACCCGUAGAAGAGCUCCUAGACUUUCUCAAUGAUGGAAAACGUAUGGAAAAUCCCCGAGACUGCCCUUCGGAGAUCUACAAAAUUAUGCAAGAUUGCUGGCAGGAAGGACCCGACAAGCGACCUAAAUUUGAUCAAAUCAGCCAGUCGAUUGGUACAAUACUUGAGCAACAGGCUUCCCAGGUGAGGCCU